UCCGUAGGGUUAAGAAUGAGACCUGUGCAUCUAGUUGUCUACUGACGCCUCCCUCUGGGUAAAACCAGAACUUUCUCUCAAGACUCACCUCCCUCAGCCCAGGUGGCAUUUACUUCUCAACUGUCACAACUUCAUCCAUCCUUGGAUUCCCCUAAACUUGUCUCUGUGAGGGGACAGCAACUAGAGACAGUUCCAAGAAAGCCUGACGACCUAAAGGGCAAUCAGCCCCCUGGAACUAGAACUUCCAGAAUCCUUCGCGCGCGGCUAAGGGGCGGGGAUUCGGAAGCCAUCUCCGGCUAAGAGAUGGCAGAGUCCUCUGGAUCUCCGCACCGCCUGUUGUAUAAACAGGUGGGCUCGCCGCCCUGGAAAGAAGUUUUCAGGCAGGGAUGUCUGGAGAGAAUGAGAAGCAGCCGGCACAGGCUCCUGAACAAGUACCGCCAGGCUGGAGGUGGCACACCAGGGAAAGCCUCAGAUAGAUUUCUUGUGCAAGAAGUGAUGGAGGAAGAGUGGAACUCUUUGCAGUCCGUAGAGAAUUAUCCAGAGGCCUUGGCUCAGUUGGGACUGCCGGAGGACCUAGCUGUGCUGCAGGACAUUGAACAGGAGCUGUGUGAUGAAGAAAAGUCCAUCAUAAGCGAGUAUGAGAAGAGCUUACAGUUUGAUGAAAAUUGUCUCAAUAGCAUGUUGGCUGAGUGGGAAGCAAACCACCUCAUCUGUCCUGUGUGUAUAAAGUACAACCUGAGAAUAAUGAACAGUGUGGUCAUGUGUCCAUGUGGCCUGCACAUCCCAUUUCACUCUCCAGAGUUGACAGAGCAGAAGCUUCGUGCCUGUUUGGAGGAUAAUGUAAAUGAGCACAGUGUACACUGUCCCCACACACCCAUAUUUUCGGUCACCGGUGGAACAGAAGAAAAGCCCAGUCUUCUAAUGAGCUGCUUGGCUUGUGACACUUGGGCUGUGAUCCUCUAGUCAUCCUGACCUCACACUUCACUGCUGGGCUAUGGACAACUCAUUCCGAGAGGGCCCCUGUAUGAACAAGUCUUUUGUAUAACUAUAUUUUAUAUUAAAACUUUUCAAACAUC